AUGCUAGAUAACGGUCAUUCUGUCUACGUUAAAACAGUUUUUCGAACCCUGCGGUACUUGGAAGCGGCCGAUAUACGGCGGGAGAAACCCGGCCUACGCAAGAAGCUUGCCCAUGUGGGCUGUUCCUCGUUGACCAACAGAGAUAAGCGCUUCCGCGAGAAACGUGACAAAACUCCUGGACCUGAUGCCUAUACAAUUAAGUCAAAGUGGCCUGGUUAUGAGAAGGAUCCCUGUGGACUUAUGCUGGGAAAAUUAAUGAACAUGUUUAUAUGUAAGGAGCCGUCCCCGAUUCCCUGUGAACGCAAACACGAGCCACCCAGCAUCCCAAUACCGAAAUAUGCUUUCGGUUACGAGGAGGGGCCCCACGGUGACCUUGUCCGCCAGCCCGGCCCAGAUCGAGAUCAAACAAUCGGCAAACGAAGCGAUUUUGGCGCUGCAAACAAGAACCCAGGUCCCGGGACUUACCUCGAUGAAAACAAUGACCCAUGGGUAAUAAUGCGUAGAAAAGCCCUCGACCGAAAUAACAUUAACUCUACCCGCGUUCUAUUCGUUCCACGUUAUGCCGAUCAAGUGGCGCUGAGGAAUGAGCGUGACAAUUUUCCGGGCCCAGGCUACUAUGAUCUUACAAAGUCGGAGGAUGAAGGUGAGGCUGACAACGACAACCACCCUCCGUUUAACAUAUCCGCUGAUGUGAGUGCCUGUGGAUUUGCAGAUAUUUUAUAA